GACUAGUAAGAAAGAAGAGAGUAACAAGCACGUUCUUCUCCGCCGGAAGAAUCUGCAGAAAAAUAAAAUAUCUCAUUUCUCAAACCGGAGAUGAGAGUUGUCAGAAUCUCAUGCGUCGGGACACGUCAUCUCUCACCUCCCUCCUCCUCCUCUGUCCUCGGUUGCGACGCUCACUCCGACGACGCCUCUGCCUCUGCCUCACGGCUGAUUACUACGGAUGCAGAUGAUGCAAGUUGUAGUAGCACACCUAGUUGGAGAAUCAAGAAAAGCCUAACAUGUGUGUGCUUCAACCGCAAGAGAGCAUAUGAACGUAUCUGUUCUAACUUGACACCAUUGCAGGAAGAACGACUAAAGAGAUUGAGGAAGAGAAUGAAGAAUUACUUUGAUGCAUCGCAACCCGACCAUCAGGAUGCACUGAAAGCACUGUGGUCAGCUACGUAUCCCGGUGAAAAGCUUCAAGCUUUGGUCUCAGACCAGUGGAAAAAUAUGGGAUGGCAAGGAAAAGAUCCAUCCACUGAUUUCAGAGGAGCUGGAUUCAUAUCAUUGGAGAAUCUUUUAUUCUUUGCCAAGACAUUCUCGACUUCAUAUCAGCGUCUGUUAAAGAAACAAGGCGGAAAAAGAGCCGCUUGGGAAUAUCCAUUCGCUGUAGCUGGGGUCAACAUUACCUUCAUGAUCAUGCAAAUGCUCGACCUAGAAGCCUUAAAGCCUAGGAGUUUUCUACGGCUGGUGUUCUUACAAAUGCUAUCAGAAAACGAAUGGGCCUUUGAUUUGCUUUACUGUGUGGCCUUUGCGGUAAUGGACAAGCAAUGGCUGGAAAAGAACGCUACCUACAUGGAGUUCAACGAUGUGCUAAGAUGUACAAGGGGUCAGUUGGAGAGAGAGCUGAUGAUGGAUGAUGUUUUCAGGAUCGAGGAUAUGCCUUCUUUCUCUCUUCUCUCUUAGUCUUUUACCAAUCUAUAUUCUUUGUUGUCAUCUUUAGAUUAAGACAAAUUCACGUAAGGAAACCCAAAGAAAUUGAUUUUUGUUUUACAAAUAUCCGACCGGCGAGAUGAGAGAGCAAAUUAAAAAAAAUUAUAUAGGUCAUUGCAAAAAAACUGUAUUUUUUUUUUUUUUUUCAUUUAAACUGAACAGGCAACAGAAAAUGUAACUAUAGAAAUUAGAAAGUAAGAAUAAAACAACAUGAUUUAUGUA